GACACUUUACAGUAAGUCCAACAUGGCAGACGGAGUGGAUCUUACGCGGUGACUAAAAGCAACAUUUCCACUGGAACAGACUAAUUCAACACUACUCUGCAACGAGACAGCUACAAUGAGGGAGAGACAGAAGAGGAGGAAGGGGAGGACGUGGGCGGAAGCUGCUAAAACGGUUUUGGAGAAGUACCCUCACACUCCUAUGAGCCAUAAAGAGAUCCUGCAGGUGAUCCAAAGAGAGAGGCUUAAGGAAAUAAGAAGUGGAACCUCCCCGCUGGCAUGUCUAAAUGCAAUGCUGCACACAAACUCUCGUGGAGAGGAGGGAAUCUUCUACAAAGUCCCCGGCAGAAUGGGAGUCUACACAUUAAAGAAGGACAUCUCAGAUGUGGCAAAAGAGCUGUCUGAGGAUGACUCAGAUGAGAGCAGUGACAAUCUUUCAGACUCCCAAAGUACGGAAAACAGCAGCAGUGCCAUCUCUAAGGAUGGCAGGAGAGGAAGGUGGAUGAGAAGAGUUCCCUCCAAGCUGCAGUCACAGCCGUCCUCUCCGCAGCCUCGAUGCUCGUCGCCUUCUGUCCCCACCAGCAAACUCAUCUCUCCCUCGCAGAAACACAGCAAGAAAGCUUUGAAGCAGGCCUUGAAGCAGCAGCAACAGAGAAACCAGCGCAGACAGGGAGGCAUGCCAACCAGCUCCAGUCCCAGGCUGCUUCUGAAAACCAUCAAAGAUAUGGCUGACAACAUUACUACAAAGACAGAUCUAUGUCGUCCUGCCGUCCCGGGGAAGGUUCCUCAGAGGUCAAGCCGCCUUAAUGCAGGGCAGCUGAGACGUAACCGGUGUAAAAUAGAUGUGGAAACACCAGACUCCAUUCUGGUUAACACCAACCUGCGGGCGAUCAUCAACAAGCACACGUUCUCAGUCCUGCCCCCGGACUGUCAACAGAGGCUGCUGAAACUUUUACCUGAAGUUGACCGGCAGGCCUGCAUGGAUGGCCUUCUGAAGGUCACCAGUUCUGCCUUAAACAAUGAAUUCUUCACAUCAGCAGCUCAGUCCUGGAAGGAGAGGCUGGCUGAGGGGGAAUUUACUCCUGAGUUGCAGCUCCGAAUGCGGCAAGAAAUUGAAAAGGAAAAGAAAGUUGAGCUGUGGAAGGAGGCCUUCUUUGAAAGCUAUUAUGGUGAAAAUUCUGGGCUUAGCUUUGAAGAUUGCAAAGAGCUGACGAAGUCUGAUCUGAAUCAGGAGUCUGCCAGGUCCCAUCAGACAAGAACUGCUGCUCAGGCACCGGUGGAAUCCAAGGGCGCCAAGGACAACAGACAGACAAAUGCUGAUGUUUCCGUAACAACAGCGAAAGACACGAAGCCGACACGGGAGCUUCAGAAGACACAGAAAGAGCCGGUCUCCACCACAGAGCCCAUGAAGACACGGCGCUCUUACUACGCUGAGGAGCGCAGGUUGAGCACCGCAGCACAGUCUGCGCCUGCAGUGGCAACACAACAGGUUGAGAAGCAUUCUGAACAAGCAUCUGUAGUUACUUUACCUGAAAAGGGGCAUAAGGAGGAGGUGAAGGAGGUGAAGGAGGUGAAGGAGGUGAAGGAGGUGAAGGAGGAGAUUCCAGAGUCUCCUGUGAUGAAGAGUGACCCACAAAAGGCUAGUUCAGAGUUAAGAGAGGAUCAGCCGGUGUCUGUGGUUAAGCCUGAUGUGGAAAGCGGAGAGGUCAUCUCUGAGCCCGGCGGCUCUUCAGAGCCACAGAAAAGGAAGUCUGUCAGCGAGAUUGGAGGUGAAGUGACACCAGAGAAAAGGUCCCGCAUGUCCUCAGUUUCCUCAGUGUCUUCUGUCUCCUCUGUUUCUCCUCCUGCUUCAUCCAUAUCCAGCCCUGCAACACCAACUUCAGCAACAAAUCAAAAGGUUCCUCCACUCAAGAUCCCAGUGUCAAGAAUACUUCCCCUUCCUGUGUCACCAAGUCAAGUCUCACCAAGGACUCCACUCCAAACCCCGCUAAGCAGCCCGGGCCGCACAGGUGCUCGUACUUUGGCUGACAUCAAAGCCAAAGCUCAGCUUGCUCGUGCACAGCGAGCGGCCGCUGCAGCAGCAGUAUCAGCAGCAUCAAAGGGUGCAGUGCCAGGACCAGGACCAGGAGGUGGCAGGAGUGAGCAUCCAUCGCCCAGUCCCAGCCCAACAUCCCCGCUGGCACUGACCAGGUUAUCCGCCUCUGACAGCAGCAGCAAUCAGACGACUACAUCUCCAUCUUGCACAUUGGACUCUUUAGGUCAGCUGAGCCCAAACCAGUCCCAAAUAUAUUUCUCAAUCAAAACUGAGGAUAAACACAAAAGUCUUUCUGCUGGUACUGUCAGUGCAGAUGUUCAGAAGAGCUCAACGCAACUCACUCCCUCAUCUGUGCACGUACCCAAGGGACAGGAAAACCCUUCAUCUGUUGGAUCAUUAGCCAGGACUAGCUCCUGUAUCCCUGCAAACAACCCGCUGGUCACUCAGCUCCUGCAGGGCAAAGAGGUUCCCUUGGAGCAGAUCCUCCCCAAACCACUAUCCAAGGUGGAAGUGAAGAUGUUGAAUGUACCACCUGCUGGUAAGGGGAAGACGUCUCACUCUGCUGAGCUCAGGACUGAUAAGCAAACGCCCCACCAGUCUAAUACUGCAGGAAGAACAGGAGUUUACUCCGAGUACACGAUACAUCACAGGGAACUUCCUGAUAAGGUGACUCAGGAGCAGAUCCUGCAGGCUCUCAUGCAGAGGAAAAGCCAGCAGAGCCAGUCUUAUGAUGCUUUGGGACAUCAGCAACAUCAGUACAAACCCCAUCAGCUAGUGCACGCAGAAGAGAGCCAGGACCAGCCCAGGAUUUCUAUAGGGUUUCUUGGUCGUAAAAGGACGCCGAGGCCUGCAAUGACGGGACACUAUCUUCUCAAUGUGUCCACAUACGGCCGAGGAUCGGAGAGCAGGAGACUGCAGCAGUCUGCCGCCCCAAACACGUCUGUGUCCGGUUUAAAAAGGGAAAGCACAGAAGGAGAGGAGGCGGCCAAGGAUGAAGAACCUGCCAGGAAAGUUUUCUCUCCUGUUUCUGGGGUCAAAACAGAACAGCAAGGAUUUUCAAUCAGCAAGUUUGACGAAGCAGUGAGUGGUCAGCAUUGCUCCAAUGUGAAGACUGAGCCUGGAUCGGAGGACAAUGCAGCUGGUGCAGAAAACAAUAGCCCCAGUGCAACAGCCAAAGACACCAGCUCUUAUUUCCUGCCAAACAGAAGGCACCCUGAACUCUGCAAUAGUAAUCAAGGAAACUCCGAGCCAUAUCUUUCCCAAGUGAACCCCAGUCACCAGCAGCUGUCUGCCUUUCAAACCCAGAGAACACUCCAUAAUCAGGAACCUGUGGCAGCUUCGUGCUACGGCAGCACUAUCAGCAUGUCUGUACCUCACACUUUGAACCACAGUACUGGAGGCACCGGCUCCACUACGGCUUCAACAGAGGCUGAUGGCGGCGGCGUCCAUGGGAGCGUUAUGUCCUUCUCAGUGACGGUCACCACCAUCCCGGCCGGUCACUCUUUAGAACACGGAAACCAGGACGAGCAGUCUCCUGAGCAGUCGUUCAUGGAGGGCUCCAACAUGGACGACAUGCAGUCCAAAUGCUACUGCCGACUGAAGGCGAUGAUCAUGUGCAAAGGCUGUGGAGCCUUUUGCCAUGACGACUGCAUCGGCCCCUCCAAACUGUGCGUGUCAUGUUUAGUCGUACGAUGAUAUAAAAUGAAUAAUCAUAGAA